CAAUAACAAUCAAUACCCAUUAUUAAAGGUGAAGGGGCAUUUGUCUUGUGCCUUGCUUUUAUCCUUUUUUUUUUCUCUCCGAUUAUCAUUUUUCUUCUUUCUUCCUUGGUGGAUUCUGGGGUUAUUAAGAUUUGGUGAUGUGUUUCCCUAGCAGAGAUUGAUUUUCUCUGGAACAGGGGAAUUUCUGAAGCUCGAUCCGAUUCGUUUUAUGGGUUUUUUUCGUUGAAUUUCUUCAACCCAUCUUCUGGGAAUUUCUCAAUUGUUUAAUCGAGGUUUUGGAGAUGGAGGAAGAGAAGGAUUCUGAGAAUCGUUUGACAUCGGCUGCUGCGUUUGUGGAAGGGGGAAUUCAAGAAGCUUGUGAUGAUGCUUGCAGCAUAUGCCUUGAGGAUUUUUGUGAAAGUGAUCCUUCUACGGUUACUGCUUGCAAGCAUGAGUUUCACCUCCAAUGCAUCCUUGAGUGGUGCCAGAGAAGUUCUCAAUGUCCUAUGUGUUGGCAAUCUAUCAGCCUGAAGGACCCGACCAGUCAAGAGUUGUUGGAGGCGGUUGAACGAGAGAGGAAUAUAAGGGUCACUCCGGUGAGGAAUACUGCUGUGUUUCAUCAUCCAGCUAUUGGCAAUUUUGAGUUGCAACAUCUACCACUGGGUGUUACUAAUGCCGAGCUUGAAGAGCGAAUAAUCCAGCACCUGGCUGCAGCUGCUGCAAUGGGGAGGGCACACCAUAUGGGUCGAAGAGAAGUGCAGAGGAGUCAAUCAUCAUCUCAUGGACGUCCUCAUUUCUUGGUUUUCUCCACUCAUCCCGGUGGACCUCCAUCUGAGAAUGUCUCAGCCUCCGAAGGGGGCACUGAUCCAGCAGGGAUUACUAUGGCUAGCCCCUCUAGCCCACGGACACCUCGUGGGGAUGAACCAUCACAGCACAUUGCACAGUUUCAGUCCAUUCAGACUGACCAAAUUUCUCGCUCAGCAUCUGGAUCCAACUUUUCAACCAAUCGGCGAGGAGCUUCAUCUAGCGUUCGAAUCUCCACUAGUGAUUCUCCAUCUUCAAAUCUGGAUAGAGCUGGGCCUUCUGAAUUUCAGUCAUUUUCUGAAUCUCUUAAAUCAAGACUUAAUGCAGCGUCCACAAGGUACAAAGAAUCAAUUUCGAAGAGUACAAGAGGAUGGAAGGAGCGGCUAUUCUCACGCAACUCUUCCAUGUCUGAACUUGGUUCCGAAGUUCGAAGAGAAGUAAAUGCAGGAAUUGCCAGUGUAUCACGUAUGAUGCAACGUCUUGAAACCAGAGAUGAUGGUGUUACAAAUCAAGAUUCUAAUGAGCCGGGUGGCCACGUUAGAAGAGAGAGCAGCCCAGAGAACUCUUUAAACGACAAAAGUGCUACAGCCUCUUGUGCUGCAACGUCUGCCGAGCGUUAAAUCAUUACGUAUUAAUUUUGGCAAAUGCAUCUGUCGUCAGCAUCUUAUUUCUUAAGGUGAGUAACUAAACACUAUACCAUUUAUUAGCCUGCCAGUUUGGAUACAUAUGAGUUCCUCUUAAUUUUUGCAUCUUUUUGGUGUCUGAUGCCAGUUGGUUUGGUGCACCUUAUACACACUGCUAUCAGUUUGUUGUUUAAAAAGAAACAUAAACUCACAUGAGAAAGAAAGUCGUGAUAUCGAUACAGAUCUCGGCGAAAAACGAAAAUAUCAUGGGAUAAUCAACAAUCGAGGGGAUUCAUUAAAAUGAAUCGAGGUGGAUGGAAAAUCACCUCUUCCAUCUUUCAUCAUAGUAGGACAUUCCCCAUUUGGAGCUAAACUAAACAAAAAGUGACUUCUCGAAAGGAUGUGAUUUUUAUCCUUGUCUUAUACAACGGACCCACCAUUGUUUGCCCGAGCCCAUAGAUCAGCUAUAGACAAGUCAAUGGUGUCAUUCUGCCACGAGCAACUGACCAUCCUAAUCUUCUUAGCGACUUUUAACCUUCUCGAACACGACAAAGAGAAUGGGGUGUGGGAGUGGAAGUAGCAA